CAAACAUUUGGGAAUUUGGCGCCAAAUCAAGGCGACGGGAAAGCGAAACGAAAAUCAAAUUGGGAGACUUGGAACUUGGAAGCAGAUCACAGGAAAAUGAAUUCAAGAGGUCCGCCAGUUAGGGUUUUGGGGCAGCGAUCUAUAACUUCGACGCUCCUCUUUCGCACUUCGACUCCCAACCAGUCAGGCGUUUGUAAAGAGAACGCUAAGGUAAAAGUUCCCAACAAAGGCUCAGGCGUUUCGCUCUCGGACUUCCUCAAUCGUAAGCUGCACAGGAGUUCUGUCUUGCCAAGUUCAUCUCAGGGAAAGGAGGAGAAUCACUUCUUGUCACCCGUGGGACAUAAGGAUUUGAGUGGGUCAAAUGAAAGAAAAAAUGAGACUAAGAAAAGAGUUGAAGCAGAGGUGAAGCCUGUUCUUGAUGAAGUUUUUGAACAGUUCAAGUGGACCAGAAAAGUGGGCGAAGAUUGUAUUGGUUCAUGUGCCAUUGAUGAUGUUGGAAAUGCUGGCAUAGAUGAUAUCCAAAACCAAGCAUCCAGGAAAAGGAAAAGCCCAUUUUCAGGUGAAGAUGGGAAACAAUCUGCUCGAAAACAUUUGGUUGUUCUUGGAGGUGAUCCACAAACCACUCGUCCAAUAGCCAAGCGAAAAGAGAAAAAAGAGAGUUUAAUUGCAAACAAGAAACCAAAACAUCCUUUCAACCAUUAUGCAAAUGGAUGUGGCUGGUGGGACUGUAACAUGGAAGGUGUCGAUAAUGAAGAAGUAGGCUGCAGUGAAGUCUGGGAAGGGAUAGGUUCUGCCACAUUGGGGGAACUGGAGUGGAAUUGAUUUAAAUCAUCCUCCACAAGUAUCAUCGUUGAUUUAGCUUCUCAGUAUGUCUCCUUGUUUUGAGCUGGGAAAGCAAAAUAUUUCAGAAUCCACACACCCUCUUACAGAACCUGUGAAAAAAAAGGGGCUUUAAAGAUUAUAUUAGCAAAACCCUUUAUGCCAGUGAUGUGGCUUGUACAAGACAUUCUGCCAAUCAAUGCUUCCUUGCUAUCUUUUGCAAUUUAUUUGGUUGAUGGAUGAGAAUAUGUCUUAGAUGAGUCCAAUUGAACAACAGUCUGGGGAAUUAAAAUGUUGAAAGAAUUCUUAGGCACGACCAUCGUAUUGUGAAUUUAUAGUAUAUAUUUCUUCACGGAAAAUCGUAGGAUGUCUUGAACAAAUGAAGUUGAGAAGAUGAUGAUUCAGCUUUCUUUAAAAACUCCCUUUCCGCCUAAGGAAAAGUUAAAGAGCAAAAGUUGAGUUCUUCCAUUUUCUUCUGCUAACAGUAUGGGUUGUAUUAUUGUGAUAUGGGAUGCCACUGUUUUUUAAGGCUCAGAGUUUGGAGGUAAAUCCUAACUGGAUUGCGAUUGGAAGAGAGUGGACUUUUCAACAAGUCAAAUGCUUCAUGAUGUGUGUAUACGCUCCCUCCAGUGAACAGGAGAAGUCCGUGUUUCUGGUCUG